GAGUGCAGGGCGUGUGAAAAACUCCACUUUACGUCUCCUCUCCAUUCGUCCUCAUUCCAUAUCUUUUUCCUAUCCAAUGUGCCUCUCCGAGGGGCUCAGAAGGACCAGGAGACAGACAGCAUUGCCUGAUUGGCAGGUGGCGUGAUUGACAUCUCUAGGCUCGGGUGUUCGCUCUCCACAAGGUGGCACAGGGUAGGUGAAUCAAGUGGCAGGUGUUCAGGAGCACCAGUAUGGCUGUGGAGAGCUUCUCAGAGCUUAUGCAGAAACUGCAGGAGGUACAUGAGCAUGAACUAGAAGGGUGGCAGGAGAAAGUACUGGAAUUGACCAAUAAAAAGAAUAUUGAUACAAAGCGUAUGGAAGAACUUUACAACAGGAACCAACAGCUGAGAGAACAACAACGGAUGCUCACUGAGAACAUCAAACAACUGGAGAACAGGUUGCGAGCUGGCUUGUGCGACAGGUGUACAGUCACUCAGGAUGUGGCUAAAAAAAGACAGCAAGAGUAUGAAAAUUCUCAGCUCCAGAGUUUACAGCAUAUCUCGCUACUGGUGACUGAGAUGAGUGCACUAAAGAAAGAAAAUGACAGACUGAGAGAGGAGCUGAAGACUCUGAGGGAACGAACCAAUCGGCAGAAUGGUCAUUCAGAGGACUCAAUCACUCCUGAAGUCAAGUUGUCACUGGAUGCUGCAGUAUCGACCUCAGGGCCGAAGUCCACCCAGCCACCACCAGGGGACGCCACCGUACCUGCUGCAACUGUCAAGAGUGAGACGGAAAACAGUCCAAAUGACAGCCUGGAGAAAGCCUCUGAGCACAAACUUAUAAAAGGCUGGGGCAGAGCAAUUUCAUUUGAGUCUAAUAAGCCCAAAUUGUCCAUCUCAAGUCCAGGGAGAUGGGGCACAGAGCAUGGAGCAGAAAGGAGAGCUGCCAGUGUAGACUCGGUGGAGCAAGGGCAUUCCCCUUUGUCUUCUCUCCCCUCUCCUUUUAAUCUACUGAAGAGCAAUCCUAUUUUUUCGUCUACCAUCUCUGAGGAAUGUAGCAACCGCCAACAAAUCCACGCCCCUGUUCCCUUCCGGCCACUUCCAAUUAAGACUGGUCACCUACCCUGGCCACUCUCAGAAUCCACUGAUUGGGUAACAGUGUCAGCGCCCAGCUCUGGCGUUAGUACUGGGAUGGUAGUCCACCCAAGCCAGACCCAAAUUCCAAGCACAAAUAUUCUGCGAUUCCCUAAACUGGUCUCACAAAUCAAUGGCCUCCAAUCUCGUACACAUGGCCCCAGCCCCAUUAGUCUGCGGGCCUGGUCAGAGCAGCCUCCACGCAGAAGUAGAGAAAAGAGAUUGGCAGAUGUGGAAGAUGUUACAAAGCCGCACCAGUGGAGGGCCUCCACAACGCAGCCAGAGAGGAUUUUUGGAGAGAACCUGAGAGAGGACGAAGAGGAGGUACCAUUGGACCUGUCAGAGUCAGGAUGCUCAAAAAGCAAAGAGAAAGAAAAAACACCAUCACAGAGCGAUGCAUCUUCAUCUUCCUCACUACCAGCUCCAUUUUCAUCGUUGUCUCAGUGCCCGUCCAAUCCUCAGAGUGACCUGCAGACAGGAGACAAUAAUACACAGGAGGAAGAAGCACAGGAAAAAUGUGAGGAGCAAGAAAAGGUAAAAGAAGAUGAGACUUCUCCAGCACUUGAAAUGCCUGUCAACUCAGAAAAUAUGAAAAUUCCUUCACUGACCAUUUCCCUCCAACCAGUUGUGGUUAUGGAGUCACUUAAACCUAGAGGACAGACAGUGAAGGUCACUGAUCCAGGGACAAGAUCAGUGGAGCCUGAGGAGAAGGAGAAUAACAACCAUGAAACAAGCAGAAAAAGAGCAGGGCAGGAUACUGAUUCACUUUCUCAGCGCUCACUAAAAGAGAAGAAAAUAAGGUUAAGCAGAUGAACUCAAGGAAACAACCAUGCAGAGCCAGAUCAAGCAUGAAGUUUUUACAGGCAAUGGAUGCAACCAGUAUCAUGCUGUUACUGUGGUUAUUCGGCCGGCCAUUUUGUCUUCAUCUUCCAUCACUAGCCUCUAAAUCUCUGGUGUUCGCUUGAGUUAACUGAAACACUUAACCAUAUCGGCACCUCUGUCAACAUAAAUGUCAUUUAACAAACAGAAUGCAUACUGCAGUACACCAGAAUUAAAUUGGAUCUAAUAUUAGUGUGUGCAAGUAAGUUAGUUUCCAUUUUUUUUUUUUUUUUUCAUACUUGAGAAGAACUUUGGAUUACAUAGAAGUCUCCAUAUCUUUAGCUCUGAAAUACAAGAAAUUUGAUCCUUAAUUGGGUGGAUUUUACACCAAUCUUUGUCUAUACCAAAACAGGAACCAAAUAACUGUUCUUGUCCUUACUGACAAGGGACAUCACUGAACAAUUAACCAGAUAGUCAUUCAUUUUCACCAUUUCACAUUCUUCUUCCUUUUUUGUUCAUGAAACAUUAAUAAUAUAAAUACACUUGUGAUAUUUGACUCUUUUUGUCUUUGUUAAUGCUCAGUCCACUGGUUUUGACCAUUUUCGUGUCUGUGCUCAGUUUGCGUUCAUUCUCUCUUCUGUGUAAGAGCUGUCAAAAGUACAGCUGUCAAAGGUCUAUUUUUGUCACUGUCUACGCACUACCGCCUGCUUCUUGUAGAUGUGACAUGUGAAAUGAAAAAACCCUCUGCUUCCCUUUUUUUUUUCUUCUUUCUUUUUUUUUUUUUUUUUAGAUGGCAAGCACAUAUUUUGUAAUAGUGAAUUUUCCACUUGCAGCAGAUGGUUUAAGAGUGUAAUAGAAGAAGGGUGAAACUUUGGGGGAAAAACAAGAUUCAGUGGCAAGAAUAGUAUGUGAACCCUUUGCAAUUACCUGCAUUUACAGUAUGUAUAAAUGUGUCUUGAAAUCUGGUUUGAUCUUCCUCUAAAUUACAAUAACGAACAAACACAAUCUGUUUUAACUAAUAACAAACAAAUGUAUUGCAUUUUUCUUGUACAUACUGAAUACAUCAUUUAAAUAUUCACAGUGUAGGUUGGAAAAAGUAUGUGAACCCCUAGGCUAAUGACGUCAACAAAAGCUAAUUUGAGUCUGGAGUUGGCAAACCUGGCAUCCAAUUAAUGAAACGAGAUUGGAGGUGUGGGUUAGAGCUACUUUGACUUAUAAAAAGCAGUCAAGCAUUUUGAAUUUUAUUCACAAGAAGCAUCUGCUGACAAUUAUUCAAAAAAAGCAUCUGCUGACGUCGACCAUGCCUCGCAAAAAAGAGAUCUCAGAAGACCUACGAUGAAGAGCUGUUGCUUUGCAUAAAGCUGGAAAGGGUCAAAAGUUAUCUUGAAAAGCUUAGAUAUUCAUUUGUCCACAGUUAGACAAACUGUCUAUAAAUGGAGACAAUUUAGUGCUGUGGCUUCUCUCCCUAGAAGUGGCCGUCCAGCAAAGAUAACUCAAAGGGCACACCGCAGAAUGCUCAGAGAGAUACAAAAGAACCUUAGAGUGACAGCUAAAGACUUGAAGGAAUCAUUGGAACUGGUUAACAUCUCUGUUCAUGAGUCUACUAUACGGAAAACAUUACACAAGCAUGGUGUCUAUGGCAGGACACCACGUAGGAAGCUGCUGCUUUCCAACAAAAACAUUGCUGCACUCCACAACGCUACUGGGAAAAUAUUUUGUGGACUGAUGAAUCUAAGGUUGAGUUGUUUGGGAAGAACACGUAGCACUAUGUAUGGCUUAAAAACAGCACUGCAUACUGUACCAACAUGAAAACAUCAUCCCGACGGUGAAGUACAAUAGAGGGAGCAUCAUGAUUUGGGGCUACUUUGCUGCUUUGGGGCCUGGACAGCUUGCCAUCAUUGAAGGAAAAAUUCCUUUUCCAAGUUUAUCAAGAUAUCCUACAGGAUAAUGUCAGGGUGGCUGUGCGCUAGCUGAAGCUGAGUAGAAGUUGGGUGAUGCAGCAGGACAAUGACCCUAAAUAUCCAAGUAACUCCACUACAGAAUGGCUUCAAAAAUUUAAAUCCACCUUUUGGUGUGACCCAGUCAGAACCUUAACUCAUUAGAGAUGCUGUGGAAUGACUUCAAGAGAGCCGUUCACAGCAGACAUCCUAAGAAUGGCUGAGCUGAAGCAGUUCAGUAAGGAAGAAUGGUCCAAAAUUCUUUCUGAACGUUGUGUAGGUAUCAUCUGCAGUUACUGGAAAUACUUAGUUGAGGCUGUUGCUGCCAAAGGGUUCACUUAGUUUUUCCACAGUACUGUGAAUGUUUAAAGGGGAAGUGUUCAAUAAAGACAUGAAAUAUUAUAAUUGAUUGUGUGUUGUUAGCACAUUUGUGUUUGUCUUUCCUUGUGACUUUGAUGAAGAUGAGAUCACAUUUAAUGACCAAUUCAUGCAGGAAACCAGCUAAUUCCAAAGGGUUCACAUACUUUUUCUUGCCACUGUACUUAAAAAUACUAGUUGGUUUUUAGUUCUACACCAUUGCUUUGUGGUGAUGUUUUUAUGGCAAAAUUGAUGGAGAGAUUGUAUUGCCUAUGACUAAAUCGCUUAAAUUUGUUGUUACAAAACUGACCAGCCAACUGACACAUAAUUUAGUGUAUUUUGAUGGUUUGCCAAGCUUUCCAAAGCACUUUUAAGACAAGAUUUGAAAUUGUGUUUGUUUUCGAAAAUUUGGAACAUUAUUUUUACAUAAUAGCAGUACAAAAUGGAUAUAUUUUUUAAACCAAUGUCCAUUGAAAUAAACAUAAAAAAAACUACCUUACUUAAAGGCUGUAUGAUGAUCAUCCUCUGUGUGGUUAAGGAACAGGGUAUGUGCAGAACCAUGUGAACUCUCUUUAGGAUGUGGGAAACAACUACAGUGCUUACAGGAAGAAGGCAAAUCCUUUCACCUUGAAAAACAAAUCUUAGUUUUUAUCCUGGGUCAUUGGAAGAAUAUUCUCGCUGUCACCAGACCACAACACGGAAACUUGAUCAUAGAUUAGCCCCCAGAUCAAUGUAUCAGUUCCUCUAUUUUCCCAUUUUCUAAUAUGAAUGCUGUACAUGUCCAUGGUCCACAAACUUGCACAUAUGUGCAAAUGUUACAUAUACCAAAUUGGUAAAUUUGAUCUAUGCACAUAAUAGCUUGGUUAUUUAUUAUAACUCCAAUACUAAGUGUUCAGUUUUCAGAAAUAUUUGCAUGUUUAGACCUAUUAGAAUGAAGUUGUUGUUUUGCCUUUUGAGCUUCAUCAGUUAAUAUGGAUGUUAGACCUGUAUUUAGAAGAGACUUACGGGGGACAACUAGAUUUAUAUAUUUGCCUGUCUUAAUGUUUGUCUCUGUCUCUAUCAAAAUAAUAGGGAGUAUAAUCCCAGCAUCUGGAUUAAAGGAUCACCCUUUUUCUUUUAAGUCCUUAUGUAACUAAGACCCACAUAGACCAAUCUGUGUUUAUGUGCAUCUCAAUUUCCAAUCCAAGACUAUGAGCUGUGUCUCUGUCUGUGGUUAUGUGCACAGACAACAAGAUCUUUUAUAACCUAAUUCUAAUUUGCUCUCAAACAAAUAUUGUCUAAA